AGCAGAAAGCCAUGGCUGAGGUGUAUGGUGAUUGGGAGGAUUCGUAUGCUUUACUCCCUAGACUUAUGGGAGCAAUGGAGGAGUCCAAUCCUGGGACUGUUUUCGUCCCAGUAUACAACAAUGUAUACACUGAGGAUCAAGUUCGAGUACAGGAUAAGUUGAUGUUCCAUCGUCUUUUUUGGGCUUUUAAACCAUGCAUUGACGGAUUUGGGUUCUGCAUACCGGUUAUUCAGGUUGACGGAACUUUCCUUACUGGGAAGUACAAAGGAUGUCUUCUAAUUGCCACUGGCGUAGAUGGAAACAGGCGGAUUUUCCCGCUUGCAUUUGCAUUAGUGGAGGGGGAGAACAGCUUAAGUUGGGCUUGGUUCUUUGACCAACUGCACGAGCACGUGACACAACGGGAAGAUAUUACGAUUAUAUCCGAUCGACAUGCGGGGAUAAGGAAUGCUGUUGGUGGUUUUCCCGACGAGUGGGGGUGGAGAUGGAGAUGGUGUAUUCGACACUGGCUCGCCAAUUUCCAACACAAAUUUGGGAAGAAGAAAGAC